UGAUUUUAAGUUUGUCUGUCUGAGCUUUGCCUCAGAAGAUGCAAGUCUUCACUGGUGAGGCUGGGCCCGGCAGACCCCAAGCAUCCUCCGUGUUCUCACACACCAUUGAGAUAAGGAGAGUGAGUGACAGGAGCCAGGGACAAAGUCUGGCAAGCCUGCUGCUUCCAGUGCCCCAGUGACUUCGGACCACAAGGGUGUGGUGGGCCGUGAAAAGACACAGCAAAUUUUAAAGCGUUAAUAUUUUGAUAGGGUCAAAAUGAAGGUGCCUGUGUUUGAGGAUGUAAAAGAUGAGACUGAAGAGGAAAAAGUGGAGGAGGAGGAAAAGCAGGAGGACAAGGUGUUUCUUAAGCCUGUUAUUGAAGACCUAAGCAUGGAACUGGCCAGAAAGUGCACCGAGCUCAUUAGUGACAUCCAUUAUAAAGAAGAGUAUAAGAAGACCAAGGACAAGUGCACCUUUGUGACUGAUACUCCUAUGCUAAACCAUGUAAAAAAUAUUGGUGCUUUUAUUUCUGAGGCAAAAUACAAAGGAACCCUUAAGGCUGAUCUUUCCAACUGUCUAUAUAAGCAUAUGCCGGCCACCAUUGACAGCGUCUUUGCAAGAGAAGUAUCCCAGCUUCAGAGUGAGGUUGCCUACAAGCAGAAGCAUGAUGCUGAGAAAGGGCUCUCGGAUUAUGCCCACAUGAAGGAACCUCCAGAGGUGAGACAUGCCAUGGAGGUCAACAGACACCAGAGUAAUAUUUCUUAUAGAAAAGAUGUGCAGGACACCCACACGUAUACAGCGGAACUUGAGAGACCGGAUAUCAAGAAGGCUACUCAGAUCUCCAAGAUCAUAAGCAAUGCGGAAUACAAGAAAGGGCAAGGCAUAGUGAAUAAAGAGCCGCCUGUAAUCGGAAGACCAGACUUUGAACACGCGGUGGAAGCCUCUAAGCUUUCCAGCCAGGUUAAAUAUAAAGAGAAAUUUGAUCACGCACUGAGGGAGCAAAGCCACUGCUACAACCCGCUGGACAGUGCUGCUUUCAGACAGCAGCAGCUCGCCACUGCCCUGGCAAGUGAAUGGGAAUAUAAAAAGGAUUUUGAGGAGAACAAAGGGAUGUAUCACUUUGAUGCCGAGGCCACUGAACACCUGCAUCACAAAGGCAAUGCCAGCCUCCAGAGUCAGGUGAAAUACAGAGAAGAAUAUGAGAAAAAUAAAGGAAAGUCCAUGCUUGAGUUUGUGGAGACGCCAUCGUAUCAGGCUUCAAAGGAGGCUCAGAAGAUGCAGAGUGUGAAAGUUUACAAAGAAGAUUUUGAGAAGGAGAUUAAAGGGAGGUCCUCGCUGGAUUUAGACAAGACUCCUGCAUUUCUACACGUGAAGUACAUCACCAACCUGAUGAGGGAGAAAGAAUAUAAAAAAGAUUUGGAAAAUGAAAUAAAAGGGAAAGGGAUGGAACUUAGUUCCGAAGUUCUUGACAUUCAGAGAGCAAAGAGAGCGUCUGAAAUGGCCAGCGAGAAAGAAUACAAGAAGGACCUGGAGUUGGAAAUUAAAGGGAAAGGAAUGCAAAUUGACACUGAUACUCUUGAAAUACAACGAGCCAAAAACGCUGCCAAGAUAGCCAGUGAGAAAGACUAUAAAAGAGAUCUGGAGACAGAAAUUAAAGGGAAAGGAAUGCAGGUCACUGCAGACACUCUGGAUGUUCGGAGAGCUAAGAGGGCAUCUGAGAUGGCCAGCCAGAAGCAAUAUAGGAAAGACUUAGAGAAUGAAAUCAAGGGGAAAGGGAUGCAGGUGAAUAUGGACAUCCCAGAUAUGCUUCGAGCCAAGAGGGCGUCUGACAUCUAUAGCCAGAAAAAGUAUAAAGACGAAGCUGAGAAAAUGCUUUCCAAGUAUUCCACUGUGGUAGACACUCCUGAAAUCCAGAGAAUCAAGACGACACAACAAAACAUUAGCAAUAUAUCUUACAAGGAUGGAGUGGGAGCUGGCACAGCCCUAAGGAACACUCCAGAGAUUGAGCGGGUGAAGAAAACCCAGCACAAUAUCAGCUCACUCCAGUAUAAAGAUCAAAACUAUAAGGCCACUCCAGUAACCAUGACCCCAGAAAUAGAGAGAGUGCGGAGGAACCAGGAGCAGCUGAGUGCGGUCAAAUACAAAGGAGAGCUAAAGCAGCCAACUUCCAUUUCGGAUCUACCAGAGCUGAAGAGAGUGAAGGAAAACCAGAAGAAUAUCAGCAAUGUUUAUUAUAAAGGUCAACUGGGAAGGGCCACGGCUUUAAGCAUAACUCCUGAAAUGGAAAGAGUGAAGAAGAAUCAAGAAAAUAUUAGUUCGGUGAAAUACACGCAGGACCACAAGCAAAUGAAAGGCAGACCAUGUCUGAUCUUAGAUACACCUGCUUUGAGACAUGUUAAAGAAGCACAAAACCAUGCUUCUAUGGUCAAAUAUCAUGAAGAUUUUGAGAAGACGAAGGGGAGAGGCUUCACUCCCAUCGUGGAUGACCCAGUGAUGGAGCGGGCGAGGAAGAACACCCAGGUUGUGAGCGAUGCUGCCUAUAAAGGAGUCCAGCCUCAUGUCGUGGAGAUGGAUCGGAGACCUGGGAUCAUUGUGGACCUCAAAGUAUGGCGCACAGAUCCUGGUUCCAUCUUCGACAUUGACCCCCUGGAGGACAAUAUUCAGUCUAGAAGUCUCCAUAUGCUCUCUGAAAAGGCGAGUCAGUACCGGAGACACCUGUCUCGUUCCCAGUCCAGCAGCACUUUUGGUACAGGUCUGGGAGAUGACAAGUCGGAGAUCUCCGAGCUCUACCCUAGCUUUUCCUGCUGCAGUGAAAUAACCAGGCCGUCUGACGAAGGAGCCCCUGUUCUUCCUGGAGCUUACCAGCAGAGUCACUCCCAAGGCUACGGGUACAUGCACCAGACCAGCGUGUCAUCCAUGAGGUCCAUGCAGCAUUCACCCAACCUAAGGACCUACCGAGCCAUGUAUGACUACAGUGCCCAGGAUGAAGAUGAGGUCUCCUUCCGAGAUGGUGACUACAUUGUCAACGUGCAGCCGAUUGAUGACGGCUGGAUGUAUGGCACCGUGCAGAGAACCGGGAGAACGGGCAUGCUCCCGGCCAAUUAUAUUGAGUUUGUGAAUUAAUUCUUCCUCCUCGCCCUUUGAGCUUUAUUCUGAUGUAUUCUAAACCCAAUCUUUUUAAAAGAUAGAAGAUACUUUUCAGAUAACUUGGCAAUUAUUUUCCAAUAAUGUAUCCUUACUUUGACAAUUAGACACACAGGUACCAGGAGAAAGGAAUGACUUUUGGGCUGGAAACAGCAGCAUCCAUAGUAAUUCCUGUAAACAAAACCAUUAGGUCUGGAGACCUGGUGCUGCUAAUUGUGUUUGUGGUUUCAUUUAGUUGGCUAUUCAACCCUUCUGGGAAAUGUAUUUUUGUAGACUUUAAUAGAGAUGUUGAUUGUCCCUUACAUGUAACAAGUGUAUGAAACUUCUUAGCUGUCACCUGGAAUCAUCUGAAGCCAAUUCUCAUAGUCCAACAACACAGCCAAUAAUUUAAAAAUUGUUCAGCUUUUGAAUCAUUGGGUAAUUUUCAAUUCAAGUGAGAAUUGCCUAAUAUAAUAAAUGGGAACAGUGGCAGAGCAAGUCUGGCUAAAAUCAUAUUGACUGUAGCUUUUGGGAGCCCUUUCCCUAGGCUCACCAGGAUCUGGUUAUUUCUCAUUUGUUUCAGGGUAUAGCCUAUAUUUCUCAGUGUUUCUUGGUAUUUCACAUGCGUUUCAUGGCACAGCCAAUCUCCAUUUACAUUCUGUGGGGGCAGAGCACAUCAGGUCCCCAGACUAUCAGGACCAGUAACUUCACAGCUACUCUGCAAAAGGCAAAGUUCAAUGUCAUCUGUAUUAUUUCCCUUGUAGCCUCUACCCUGUUGCAUGUCUAGUGGGCUUAAGCUUCCGUAAUGUGGCAGCUGCUUGCCCAUCCUUGUUAUAAAAGUCAGCUGUGUGACUGUUCUCGCCCUGCCCUUUCUUAUAGUUGCCAGCUCAUAAGAAAACAUUUUGAAAAGUUGCUUGAGACUUUCUUGCUGUAUUAAACUCUAGCUUUGAAAGACUCAUGCCUGAGGAAUCACACAUAUACUCUAGUAAAUAGAAGACUUACGUAUUUACUGGAUAGCUUUCGCUCACUUAAUGCUACCGUUGAUUUAAAAGCGCAGUAAACUGGACAGCAUUCUGUGUAAGGGGAAAUGGAGUCUAUAGUAUACCAGAGGGAAAACAAAAUACAAAGCAGUAAGUAGAAGUUUGCUCCACAAUUCGACAAUUUGAUCUUAUAUUUUGGCAAUUGGUCUUCAGACUCUGGGAUGGAAAUAUAGCCACUAAGUCUGUCUAUAAAAAGGAUUCCUUUCCCAACCUUGGUUUUCAUUUUUUAAAUCACAUUCAGGAUUAGAUAAAAAAAUCAUCAGUGAUUUUUUUUUGGUGCAACCAACAGAUUAUUCACUAAGAAAGAAAUAGAUGUCUUGUUUUGAGUGAGUGUGCAGGGUUUUUAUAAGUCACAGCCCCAAAUAGAACCAUUACUAUUGUAUCUUAAAUUUGCUCUGCAGUCUACAGUCGAAGUUAGUGGAUGUCGAAGUUUAUCAAACUCUGUUUUUCUCAUAGUGCCUCCUACUGUGACUAGAAGCAGGGUGGCACUUAAUUGAGAUGUGAAGCAGGAAAAAGCAGUUCCAAAAUUGUGAGAAGAUACUGGGAUUGUGGGACUAUCCACGCAAUGUGUUCAAGGAAAUUAACAAAGCACCCACCAGUGAAAAACAUUUGAAUGAAAUGUUUAUGAGCCCAAACUCAAAGCUGAUUUAUUGAAAACUUUGAAAAGUGAGUUUAUACUUUUGAAAAUCAGUAGUUUCAUUAGAUUUGCCUUAAAGAAAAGUUUUAUUACAAUGAGCUGUGUUUCUGUGAUACCGAUAGAAUGUUGAAAAGAAAAAAUAACUGAGAUUUUCCUGGAAAGGGUUUUUAUAGCUUUGUAAAUAAACAGCUGAGCUAAUUUUCUGUCAUUUGAAUAGCCAGUCAUGAUUAACCUUCCUGUUUUCAUGUCUUGAACACACACCUAAAAAACCAAACUGCACCUGCAAUAAUUUUACAAACAUCUUUAAACUAAUAGCAAGAGUGAUAAGCUGGCUCAUUUAUGUUAUGUGUUUUUAUGCUCCCCCAGGCAGACCAUUUGUGUGUGUUUGUGAUUAUUAAAAAGAGUCAUUGUUGAUUAAAACUUCAGGCUAAAUGAAGGGAAGGUAUGAUUUUUGAUAAUUGUGUGCAGGAAGCUCAACUGAAGCCGACUUUGAAAUGAUGCUGGACAUCAGCUAGUCCCCACAAAGUAGCAGCUCAAUGGCCCAUGUUUUUGACACUUAUUAAUUUCAAAGUCAGAUUUGAUGAAUGUGAAAGUCAGUAUAUAUUUUGGAAAUCAGUGUCUUAAAUGUUGAGCUUUACGUAAUGUUUGCAUAGCAAGAUAUUUCUAUUUUAAGUCUUUCUGAAUUAAGAUCUGAUCUGGAUUCAAUAAGGGGCAGUUAUUCUCAAUAUAGACUGAGGCAGAACCAGACAUUGCAUGCUCUUGAGGUCAUGCAUUGAUAGUCGUGACACUGUUACCAGCACAUGUAAGGAUGUUACCCAGCUCAUCAGAAAAGAGGAGCCUAGAUGUGUCAUAUCCAGAUGCCAUCUUUUCCAGCAUCAUUAGAAAAUGCUAUAUUUUUUUUUAACACACUUUCCACACACCUCCCUCCCCCUUGCAGUUUGGCAGCCAGUAUCUCACAUGUAACACUGACAGCUAAAAAUGAAUUUAAAACAAGCCCUUUAGAAAUCAAAUUAAGGGAAACUAAAUGCCAAGCACAGAGAGCAUGCACCUGUUCCUAAAUGCGGUGGUUUCUCAAGCCUGACAGACGCACAAAAAGAUGCUUGAGACACUUCUCAAAGACUCUGAAGACAAAUGUAUUUGGUUCAUAUUCCUCUUGAGAAAAGUUUAACAACAGAAUAUAAUGCUUUUGUUGUAAGCUUUUGUAGUAGAUUUGAAAAAAACUAUUUCUUUUUCUCCAGAGAGCUUACUAUUUCUAACCUGUGACAAAAUGAAUACUUCAUGUCCUCAUUGUGUUCGUACGUGUGCAGCAGACCCAGUUGGAAUUUCGAUCUGGUUGUCAUUCUUCACAGAGCCCCUGCAUCUUCUCAUAUAUCUCAGCCUCCACAGAGCACCCAGGAAUGUCUAAGCACAAUUUCCCAAGCACCCUGUGUGGGGAUGGGUGAGAUUAGGACAGUCCCUCUCUCACCAAGGCCCUUUGUUUCAAGAUGAUGAUGUCAUUUGGCCAGUUGUACUAAAGUCUUUCAUUCCAGAUCUUCUCUGUCCUGAGGUUCAUAACACUCCAGGAAUGCUGGGAAAAUCUUUUCCACCAGUGACACACCCAGUGUUCAGGUUCCUCCACCUCUAGUGGAAUGCUUUCAGUGAAAUGAUAAAGAAUAUAAGUAUGAUCUUUAAUAAUGCAGCCCUAUAUACAGUGGAUAUAGUUUAUACUAAUGUUCUAAUAUAGAUAUAUACAAAAUAGGUGCCUUUUUGAUUACACUUGUUUAUCGUUAUGGUCUUGGAAAGGAAACCAAGCAAGUAAGCUUCUGCAUAUUCUAUAACAAUAUUUUAUGAUACAUGAUUGCUAUUUUUGUGGUGAGAAGUGGGAUGCCCCUAACUGAAAGAUGUUACAGGUUGUAUUUUCCUUCUUAAGGUUUAGAAUUUUAGAAAAUACCGACUUCUUCCAUUUUCUGAAAAGUUGGGUUUUUUUCUUGUGGAUUUAUAUAUAGUGGAGAAAUAUAAGCAUUAAGUUUAAGUUUGGGGUUUAAAAUAUUUAUGGUGAGAUAGAUUAAUUAUAUUAUGAGGCUGAAUUCACUGCGUAUGAUGAGCUUUUUGACUUGAUCUUGUUUUACUGUCUCUGAUAAUCUGAAUGUGGCUGCACUGCACUUGUAUGGGAUAAUACAACGUGAUGAGAAAGCUUUAGUUGAGUAGGAAGCUAUGUAAACUAAUUUAAGAUGCUAAAUGAAAACCUCUCUGCAGGAUUCCAUGCCCCUUAGGGCCCUUUUCCAGGCAAGUAGCUGUUAAUAACUGACGACCGAAAGAGUCAAGACAUUGUGGGUAUAUCCUGUGGUCAUCAUUCCGGGGCACGAGAUGCUAGAAUCCUCAGGCUUCCCUGGGUAAAUGUCCUUCCCAACUGUCCAUGACUCCAGUCUAUCGCCAGGACUCCACAUGCUUCCUGCAUCUGAUGGAUGGUAUCCUGUUUGCAUAGCACACACAUCACUGUUGUCAAUUAUUGUUAAAGAUGGUUUCCUUUAAAAGAGAGAGAGAAAACUGCAAUGCAGCCGCCUUCCUUUGUGUCCAUACAAUGGAUUGCUAAGCAUUUUGGAAGUAGCAACAAGUGUGUAACAGGCAUGAUACUUGUGGAACCGUUGGCUUUUGACCUGUGAUAAAAACACAAAUUGGAAUGGUGUACUUUGGAUUCUGUUUGCUUUGAAAUAUGUACAAUUGUGGUUGGUGAUUAAUUUGUAAAACUGUACUAACUUUGAGAACAUAAUGAUUUUGAAAGAAGCAGUAACUGUUUUUUCAUUGGAAGGGGAUCACAGAAUGAUAUAAGGUUAUUAGUAUAAUUUGGCUUUUGUUAUGCAAAUUGUUAACACCAGCUAUUAAAAUAUAUUUUAGUAGAAAUGCUUUAAUUCAUGUUUUUUUUCCUCUACACUGUGAAUCUUUAAGCCUUGGUGGACCAGAGGCACAUUGUGAUGUCCAAAGGACUAACCUAUGCAAAUGAGUUCACAUCUUAUUGCUGUCAGAGUAAACAUGUGCUAAGAAAUGAUUUCUCCUCAUAAUGCACAGCAGUAUUGAAAGAGCACGGAAGCCUGGCCUCCCACGCAUUACACUGUAGCCCCUCACAGUCCCUUCAAGGCCACCAAAACCAUUAGCAUUUGUGGAAAUCAGAUUGCUAUCAAUUGAAACUACUGGAACGACGCCAGGAGGAAAAUGACAGACAGGCAUCUUGGCUGUGGCUUUCAUAGAACUAUGUUCUCACAUAUUCUCUCUUCAGGGUCUUGGUAUUCUGUGUCUACUACAUGUGUUUGUAAAGGAUUUAUGAUGCAUUAAUUUCCUAUCAACACAUUUGGUUUGCUUAAAUAAAUACAGAAUGUAA